AUGCCCGAAGACUCCGCCUUCCCAGGAGCCCCUGCGGCGGCGCGAAGAUGGCGGCGGCGGCCGGACAGCCCUAAAGGAGCAGCAAUGGAUCCUUCCCCGGCGCUGGGGCCGGAGCGGCUCUUUGACUCGCACCGGCUCCCGGGUGACGGCUUCCUGCUCCUCGCGCUGCUGCUCUACGCUCCAGUCGGGUUCUGCCUCCUCGUCUUGCGCCUCUUUCUUGGGAUCCACGUCUUCCUGGUCAGCUGCGCUCUACCAGACAGUGUCCUUCGCAGGUUCGUGGUGCGGACCAUGUGUGCGGUGCUGGGGCUCGUAGCCCGGCAGGAGGACUCCGGACUCCGGGAUCACCGCGUCAGGGUCCUCAUUUCCAACCACGUGACACCUUUCGACCAUAACAUAGUCAACUUGCUCACCAGCUGUAGCACCCCUCUACUCAACAGUCCCCCAAGUUUUGUGUGCUGGUCUCGGGGCUUCAUGGAGAUGGAUGGGCGGGGGGAAUUGGUGGAGUCACUCAAGAGAUUCUGUGCUUCCACGAGGCUUCCUCCCACCCCUCUGCUGCUAUUCCCUGAGGAAGAGGCCACCAAUGGCCGGGAGGGGCUCCUGCGCUUCAGUUCCUGGCCAUUUUCUAUUCAGGAUGUGGUACAACCUCUUACCCUGCGAGUCCAGAGACCCCUAGUCUCUGUGACGGUGUCCGAUGCCUCCUGGGUCUCAGAACUGCUGUGGUCACUUUUCGUCCCUUUCACAGUGUAUCAAGUAAGGUGGCUCCCUCCUGUUCAUCGCCAGCUGGGGGAGGGGAAUGAAGAGUUUGCCAUCCGUGUGCAAGAGCUGGUGGCCAAAGAAUUGGGCCAGACAGGGACACGACUCACUCCAGCAGACAAAGCAGAGCACAUGAAACGACAGAGACACCCCAGGUUGCGCCCUCAGUCAGCCCAGUCUUCUUUCCCUCCCUCCCCUGGCCCUUCUCCUGGUGUGCGGCUGGCAGCUCUGGCUCAGAGAGUCAAGGAGGUUUUACCCCAUGUGCCACUGGGCGUCAUCCAGAGAGACCUGGCCAGAACUGGCUGUGUAGACUUGACCAUCACUAAUCUGCUUGAGGGAGCUGUAGCGUUCAUGCCUGAAGAUAUCACUGAAGGGACCCAGUCCCUUCCCACAGCCUCCGCCCCCAAGUUCCCCAGCUCUGGCCCGGUGACCCCUCAGCCCACAGCCCUCACAUUUGCCAAGUCCUCCUGGGCCCGGCAGGAGAGCCUACAGGAGCGCAAGCAGGCACUCUAUGAAUAUGCGAGAAGGAGAUUCACAGAGAGACAGGCCCAGGAGGCUGACUGAGCACAGGAUGGCACCCAGAGCCGCAGGACGGAGACUGGGGGCAACCCUCACCCAACUUACAACUGGCUGGAAGGGUGGGUGGUAAAAAGGGAGGGAUGGGGCUCCCCCCAAAAUCAUAUUAAAUUCAGGGUUUUCACUCAAGGUCUCUGUUGCCUCUCUGGGGCUCAAAAGCCCACUGAGCAGGUUCUUUUUCCCUUGGUUGGGGGGAACAGGGGUGAGAGCCUCCUUGUGGGUUUGUGAGAAAUGGUUGAAAUCACCCCUUCGUGUCAAGAAAUGAGUGAUACUAUGGAAGUGUAACUGAAUUGAAGACCAGCAGCAACUGGACCCUAGCUUGGGUGUUGGCCCCACUUUGUGAAGAGACAGCUGCAAAACUACAAGUCCCAAGAUGCCUUUCACUAACAGCACAAUGUACACUGUCUGUAGAGUACACAUGCUCAGUGUGGUGUCUGGAACCUGUUUUCCAUAGGCUUCUGACUAAUUAAAUAAGGUGGAGCAAAUGGCCCCACCCCAAAACCAG